AUUAAAAUACAGAAAAAUUGUGAUUGUUUACUUUAGUAUUUAUUUGAACAUAGUUAAAGUUAUACUUAUAAAAAUCUUUGUAAAAGCGACUUGAUUUGCAAAGAGUAAAAAUCGUAAAAAUUAUACUAGCUAAUUAAAUUAAAAAGGGACAUAAAAAGUAGAAUGAAAUCCAUGUCUAAAUGGUACAUUGGCUUUUGUUUCGCCAUUUCCAUUUGUUUUAUAACCUGCCAUGGUCACGGAAGACUAAUUGAGCCGCCAAGUAGAGCGUCAGCCUGGCGCUUUGGAUUUCAAACAAAACCUGAUUAUAAUGACCAUGAACUGUACUGUGGCGGAUUCACCAGACAGUGGAACAGAAAUGGUGGCAAAUGUGGAGAGUGCGGCGACGCAUGGGAUAUGCCGGAACCCCGUCCGCAUGAAUAUGGUGGCCAAUGGGGACUUGGUCUAAUUGUAAGGAGAUAUAGUCCGGGAGCUAAAAUAACGGUUCGAAUAGAAUUAACUGCUAGUCAUAUGGGGUAUUUCGAAUUUCGAUUGUGCCCGAAUCAUACUGCUAAACAGUUGUGCUUGGAUCAAAAUAUAUUGACAAUACUUGAUGGCUCCCCGUCUCAACCAUAUUCAUCUGACCUGGAUACCCGUUUUUAUCCUCGCAACGGAAGUCGUAUAUAUGAAAUUUAUGCUCGGCUUCCAAAUUUUUCAUGCGACCACUGCGUUCUUCAAUGGCGUUAUGUUGCCGGUAACAAUUGGGGAGUAUGUAGCGAUGGUAAUGGAGCCAUGGGUUGUGGACCGCAAGAGGAAUUUCGUUCAUGUUCGGAUAUCGCCUUAACUACAAACGUGGGUGUUUAUGCAGACCCAAGUCGUCCCCUUCAAACAAAACCUACCAAGUUGAUAAACACAGAAAAGGUUUUAGAAUCAGAUCAAAAUGAAAUACUUAAGUAUUCAUUUGUGAUUGCGAUAGUAAUGGUAUUGGUAUUAUGUAUUUGUAUUGUAUAUAUUUGGUACAUAUAUAAUUAUGAUGUUACGAAUGUAAUAUUUGGGUGUUCGUUCAGAAAGAAGGUGCUUAAUUGUAAUGUAUUUAAAUCCGCUAACAAGAUUAGCAAUGUUAAAUUGGAUAAGCCACCAAUUCCUCCUCCACGAACUAAAAGACUAGAAAAAAACAAUUUAGCAAAUGUAACAAUUAAAGCCUAAUAAACAAAUUGACUUGUAUUGA